UUCCAACCUUCUAGUCGCAAAUACGAGAUAGCUCUUAUCAGGCAGAUUUUCAAUCAUCGGCAAGCUCGUUUUGCGACUCAAAGGCUCUAUCAUGCAACCUGGAAGGUCGGGGUGUGCCCAAUCAGGAAGGUUGUAUUCAGAUGUUGUGUUUCACACCGAGAUUCUGUUCUGCACGUGGCACUUACCAAACGGCAACAGAAGCUACUUUUAGGCUUAUAGCGAUUGUAUCUGCUAUCACUACUAUCUCUAUAUCUAGCAGUCAAUCACGGCCGGCAUGGAAAAGCGACACAGCGUACGUGGAAAUGCGAUGGAACCUAGCAUCCAUUCAAGGAUAUCCUACUUUGUCGUACCUCAAAACUCAUGGACUCUCAACUUACUCCAAUAUAUCUGACCUUAUCAUAACAGCCUUGAUGUUCAUGUUGCAGUCGUAGACUACAUGCUAGAGACGGGCGCAACGUCACCGGCGCAUCAAAUGUGGAAGGGGCUUGCGGUCAGAGAUAGCAUAUGGACACGCGACUCAAUUAUCACUGUAGGUUCAGCAGAGAGUUUCAAGGAUAAUUAAGCUCCUAUGGAGUACAGACGUGUACCUGACAACGAAGCGAAGCCACAUCCGCCCAUGCGGAAAAAAUCUCCAGCCACUUUGGUUUAC